AUGGUACAUCUGCGGACUUCCUCUUUUUGCGGAUUAUCUGUCUGCUUAUCGGGACCUCCUGCUUUGCUUAAUCCAUGCCUUUCUUGUCUUAUUUUAUUUUUCUGCCCGGGCGUUGACUCUAAGCUGGUGUAUACCUCCUCAUCUGCGUGGGAAGUUGCAAGCAUGGGCUGUGCUCAGUCCAAAGUGGCCCAGGCGAGGGUGCCGCGUCAUUCCCCCGGAACUCCUAAAAAGAGGCUUCACUCCCCAAGGAGGAACGCUGGCAACGGGGGCUUUGCAAUGUCUCCACGGAACUGCGAGCAGCAGGCUAACGCCGAGCGGUACCUGCGUUUGAUUCUUGAGGGAGCGGAUAAUGUUUUGGGCGGGGGGUUUCGCUUUAAUUCAGCUGCCGAAGGUCAGCAGGUUGCAUUGACGUUCUUGAACUCAUGUGUGGAAGUAACACGCACGAGGUUCCGCUUAACAACGGGUGUGAUUGUGGACACUAUCGAAGGAAUUGCAGCUGAGGAGAAACUAAAGACAAUUUUGAGCACGUUACCUUAUCUUCGGGAAAACUGCGUUGAUGAGGGUUUUUCUCGGCUGCUUUAUGACUGGCUUGAGACCAAUUCUGGAUCAUCAGCAACGGCGGAGGUGGUUGCUGCUGAGCGACCCGCGGGGAAGGCCAAACACGAAAAUAAGAAUAACCACACUGCGACUGGGUUUUCAAAUAUUUUAGUCACUCACCUUCUUUCCGCAACUGCGAUCCCAGCAAUCGACAUCUUCUCGAAAUUUGCACAGGGUAGGGAAAGUAUGACAGAAAAGGAAUAUGGAAACUUUCUCAGAGAAACGCAGCACUCAGAGUUAACAGAUAGUCAGGUCAAGGAGAAGUACAACUUACGCUUUGGUGGGGCAAUUCAUAGGUACAACUUCAACACCUACUUUGGAAGCUUUAUUACUAACUCUGCCCUGGACCCGAUGCGGACGGCCGAUGUUUGGCAAGACAUGACGCAACCGUUGACGCGUUACUCUGUUAACAUAGCAAGGAUUGAGAGCGAGACGGACCUCAAUCGUGCCCUGGUAGAUAGCUCUAGAGCCUUCCUUUUGAAUUUGAAGAAAGAUGAAAAGGGCGUUCUUUGUAGUGGAAGUUGCCCGAUACGAACAAUUCUAGAGAGUAUUCAAACAAGGGGAUUUGCAACCAACUCCUAUCCUAUUGUUUUAUGUCUCCCCCCGGUAAAUCCGAUUUCUGUGGAACUUGGGAAUGAGCUGGCUUUUACCAUGAAAGAUUUUUCCUCGUUGUUUGCAAAAGGCUUGAUGUUUGAGGGAUCUAUUCUCAGUGAUCCCAAGUUCAGUCCCGCAGCGCUGCGAAAAAAAGUGCUUCUCAUGGGGUAUCAGAGCCGCUUGAAACCCUUUGUCGGAUGCUACGUGGCGGAUCUGAACAGGGAAUCACUUGGAGUACGUGUGACGGAGGUUGUCGAAGGCACACCCGCUGCAAAGGCGGGUCUGGCCAAGGAUGACUGGCUAACCCACUUUAACGGCGAAGCCAUUCCAAAUAAGCAAACACUGCGUGAAAGAUUGGCCAAGUUGCGUCUCGGUGAGGAAUUUUUUCUGAGGAAAGAAAACUUGGAGGACAUCAAGAUAGUGGUGGGGGGUAGGGUUGAUGUAGGUGACACAAAUGUCUCCGCGGAGCUAUCGGAGAUCUUGUUUUUGAAAUACACAGAGGGAAAGGGUGACAAGCCGUGGGAAACACAGGUGUUCAGCGAGGAAAGCAUAAAGGACCCAAAACUAAUGCGAGAGGACCUUGACGAUCACUUUGCCCUUUUUUCUAGCGAAGGGACUACCGUAAAUGCAGACAACAUUAAAACGGCCACCAAACUGGGAGUUCAGUUCAUCGACACUGGAAGUGUGCAAGAGGCUCAGAUAUGGGCCCAUGGUCGUUUUGUAGACAACGGGGGCAGCGGCUAUCUCAUUAAGAGUGAUGCUGCAGCGAAGGCAACCGUAGGUGUGACGGUAGAAGUCAUUGCUGGCCUUCAAGAUAUGAAGGGAGCGUGUUUGAAAAACGGAAGGGUUCGUAUAUAUGGCACCGGAUCCGCUCGCAUUGACGGUAACAGAUUUAAUUUUAAGGAUUGUAACGACGCAUCUGUGGCUGUACUUGACUGUGAGUUUGCUCACGAUGGAGGCUUCUUUAGUUUUGUGGCUGCGUUCCCGCUGGGACUUCUACGUUCUGGGUAUCGGGUACUUCCCAUGCAGCAAAUCGGUGGUCCCAGGAAACUUGGCGUUUCCAAGCUUGGCGCCUACUGCUUCAUCCGACGGAAUGAAUAG